AUGGUGCUAACUGGAGAUGACAUUGACGAGAGGAUGUCCCUUGAACAUAAGCUGGCAACUGAGUUCGAAAUGAAGGAUUUAGGUCCUCUGCAAUAUUUUCUUGGGAUAGAAAUUGCAAUAUCUCAAGAUGGCAUAUUUUUAACUCAGAGAAAAUAUACUCUAAAUUUGCUAUCAGAGAUUGGAAUGUUGGCCUGCAAACCAGCUGAGAUUCCCAUUGAAAUGAAUCAUACACUUGAAAUUUAUCCCAAUCAAGUGGAGGCAGACAUUAGAAGGUAUCAAAGGCUAGUAGGGAGGCUUAUCUACCUUUCACACACUCGGCCAGACAUUGCUUAUGCAGUAGGGAUAGUAAGCAGGUUUAUGCAUUCUCCCAGUGAAGACCAUAUGAAGGCAGUGUAUCGAAUUUUGAGGUAA